AUGCUACCGAGCAUAGAAUUAGGUUUGCUGACCCAUCCAGCCGCUUCCAAUUCCCUCGGCACCGUCCAAGACGACCCCUUCCAGCGCAUCGGUCUACACUCGGACACCCGCAAGGACCUGAGCCUGCUGGGCAUCAUCGCGACAGGAUGGAACAUCUGCAACAGCUGGGCGGCCGUGGCCGCGACCAUGGCCAUCUCCAUCGCAUCGGGCGGGCCCAUGACCACGCUGUACGGCAUCAUGAUCAUCUUCGUCUUGGCAGGGUCCUGUGCGCUCAGCAUGGCUGAGAUUGCCUCUGUGUUUCCUACGGCCGGGGGUCAGUAUCACUGGACGAGUAUCCUCAGCCCUUCAUCGGCUAGUAGAGGACUGAGUUAUUGGUGCGGAAUGAUCAACACGUUCGGCUGGAUCGCGAGUGUUGCUGGGUUCAUCGUUCCCUUUCCGGUCAUUAUUCUUGCCGUGGCGUCCUUUUGGAACCCUGGUUAUGUCGUCGAGGCCUGGCACGUCUUUUUGAUCUACCAGGCACUUAAUAUACUGCUCACAGCCUACAACAUCUUUGGGCUGCGAAAGAGUACCUGGGUUAUGGACGUCGGCUUCUUCAUGUCCAUCGUCGCCUUCUUCGUCAUCACAAUCACCUGUGUUGCCAAGUCGAGUCCGAAACAAAGCAGCGAGUCCGUCUGGACGCAGUUCGAGAACACUUCAGGAUGGUCGUCCGAUGCCGUCGUUUUCCUUACGGGCCUCAUCAAUCCAAACUUCAUCUACUCGGGCCUCGACGGAGCCAUCCACCUCGCAGAAGAGUGCAGCAACGCAGCGACAGCUGUGCCACGAGCUCUCCUAUCGACUGUCGUUAUCGGCUUUGUGACGUCUCUUGCGUUUGCCGUGGCCAUGUGUUAUAGCUACCACGACUUCGAUGCUGUUCUCGCUUCACCGUUUCCCGCCCUCGAAAUCUUCUACCAGGCAACCAGCUCCACCGCCGUAGCAACCCUCUUCACCCUAGUCCUCUCCAUCAUCUCCCUCUUCGCCAUCACAGGCGCCCAGCAGACCGCCUCCCGCCUAACCUGGUGCUUCGCCCGCGACGAGGCCAUCGUCCUCUCCCCUUACCUCUCCUGCAUCCACCCCCGCUGGGACGUCCCUGUCUGGGCGCUCCUGCUCAACGGCGCCUGCGUCGCAGUCCUGGGUUUCAUCUACCUGGGCUCCUCGGCCGCCUUCAACUCGCUCGUCAGCACGGGCCUGAUCCUGCAGCAGCUGAGCUUUGCGUUCCCCGCCGCGCUGAUGCUGUACCGCCGGGCUGUGGGGUCGCUGGCGGAGGUCAUGCCUGUGACAAAGGAGAGGUUGCGGUUACGGUUUGGGACGGGGCCUGUGGUGAAUUGCUUGACGAUUGUUCUGGCCUUGUUGAGUUUGGUGUUUUAUGAUUUUCCUACGGCUUUGCCUGUGGCGGCUGAUACUAUGAAUUAUGCAUCUGCUGUCAUUGGUGUCAUGGGCAUUUUUGCGCUCGUGAACUGGUUCGGAUAUGCCAAUAAACACUACAACGGUCCCAGGCUGGACAAUGCAUAUUUAUAG